AUGGCGCUCGACGAGAAAUCCACGGACAUUGAGCGUAUUACCCCAAGCGUAUUCAGUCCUGCGGGGAGCCGCAAAAACUCAUCUCGAGGUGACGGAGGAGAUGUCGAAAAGGCGCUGGCGCUGGAGGGUCUUGAGGUGAAAGACGUUACAACCACCACGGUGGAAACGACGGCCGAUCCAGACGUGGUCGGGUGGGAUGGACCAGACGAUCCAGAAAACCCACUGAAUUGGCCGGCGCGGAAAAAAUGGACCAACGUCGCUCUGUUGUCCUUCAUUACGCUUUUGACGCCUUUCGGUUCGUCCAUGUUUGCACCAGCGGUGCCUCAAGUCAUGGAAGACUUCCACUCCAACAGCGAAGCCCUGGCAUCGUUCUCGGUCUCGGUCUACGUGCUUGGGUAUGCGUUCGGCCCACUUGUUAUAGCCCCAAUGAGUGAGUUGUACGGGCGACUACCGGUCUACCAUGUCAACACAUUCCUCUUUAUGGUGUUCACGUUUGCCUGCGGGAAAUCGACAAACUUGACGAUGUUGAUCGUGUUUCGAACCCUGGCAGGUUUAGCUGGUUCUUGUCCUUUGACUGUCGGAUCUGGUUCUAUUGCAGAUACCUUCCGACAAGACCAGCGGGGAAAGGUCAUGAGUAUUUGGACAUUCCCUAUCCUGUUCGGACCAAGUAUGGGCCCUGUCGUUGGAUCAUAUCUCUCGGCGGCAGCGGGGUGGCAAUGGAACUUCUAUCUUCUCGCCAUUUGUACAGCCGCCAUGCUCGUUGUGGCACUCAUCAUCCAAAGAGAAACGUACCCGCCCAUUCUCCUCGAGAGAAAAGUGAGACGACUACGAAAGGAAACAGGGAAUGACAAGCUCCGAUCGGCGCUUCAAUCGUCCAGGAGUCCCUCGCAACUGUUUUUCAUGAGCAUCGUCCGCCCAACCAAAAUGCUGUUUCUGUCUCCCAUCAUCUUCGGUCUUUCCCUCUACAUUGCGGUGGUGUACGGGUAUCUUUAUCUUUUGUUCACCACCAUGACGUUUAUCUUCCAUGAUCAAUACGGCAUCAGUUUAAGUAAUGUGGGCCUUGUCUUUUUGGGCAUCGGUCUUGGUCAAUUUCUCGGACUGUGGAUGUUUGGGGCAUAUUCGGAUAAGCUACUAAGGAGGCUGGCGAAGAAUGGUGAGAUGAAGCCCGAGUACCGCCUGCCGUUGCUUUGGCCGGGUGCGAUCGCCGUCCCUGUCGGUCUCUUCUUGUACGGCUGGAGUGCGCAAUACAAAGUGCAUUGGAUUGUCCCAAUCCUCGGGACGGUAUUGUUGGGGCUUGGGAUGACCGGAACAUUUAUGUCUCUGGCCAUUUACAUGGUUGAUGCAUACACUCUCUAUGCUGCCAGCGCGAUGGCGGCCAAUACCGUCCUCCGCAGCCUGGGGGGCGCAUUUCUCCCUCUGGCUGGACGGGAUAUGUACAAUACACUGGGGCUCGGAUGGGGGAACAGCCUAUUGGCAUUCAUCUCGUUGGGCAUGUCGCCAAUGAUCUGGGUAUUCCUGAAGUACGGCGAGAAGAUCAGGACUCAUCCCAAGUUCCAGCUAAAGCUGUGA